AUGUCCUGUGUGUAUUAUAAAUUUUCCUCUAAACUCAACUAUGACUUGGUCACCUUUGAGGGCCUCCAUAUCUCCCUCUGCGACUUAAAAAAGCGGAUUAUGGGGAGAGAGAAGCUGAAGGCUACCCGCUGCGACCUGCAGAUCACCAAUGCGCAGACGACGGAAGAAUAUACUGAUGAUAAUGCUCUAAUUCCCAAGAAUAUAUCUGUGAUUGUGAGAAGAAUUCCUAUCGGUGGUGUCAAAUUGACAAGCAAGACAUAUGUUAUAAGUCGAACGGAACCAGUGAUGGGAACGUCAAAAGCAAUUGAUGACUCUUCUGCAUCUUUGUCUCUGGCCCAGCUUACAAAGACUGCCAAUCUGGCCGAAGCCAAUGUUUCUGAAGAAAAUAACACGAAAGCAAUGAUGUCUCAAUCUGGCCAUGAAUAUGACCCAGUCAGUUACAUGAAGAAACCAUUAGGACCACCACCACCGCCUUCUUACACUUGUUUCCGGGGUGGUACAACAAAUGGGGAUAAGAACUUUCAAUCUGGUCCUAGAAUUAAGAAGAGCACUGGAAUUCCUAGAAGUUUUAUGAUGGAAGUGAAGGAUCCUAACAUGAAAGGUGCACUGCUUACCAACACUGGAAAAUAUGCAAUACCAACUAUAGUUGCAGAAGCAUAUGCAAUUGGAAAGAAAGGAAAAUCACCCUUCUUACCAGAGGAACCCCCUUCUCCUUCAGAAGAAGAUGAUCCCAUUCCAGAUGAACUGUUGUGUCUUAUCUGCAAAGAUAUUAUGACUAAUGCAGCUGUCAUACCAUGUUGUGGAAACAGUUGUUGUGAUGAAUGUAUAAAAACAGCACUUCUGGAGUCAGAUGAACAUACAUGUCCAACUUGUCAUCAGAAUGACGUUUCUCCUGAU